AUGUCUCUCCGGCUGUCUUUCGAAGACGUGGCCGGGGAGGUCUUUGAUUCUCCCCACGCUGACCACCUCAAGUGUGGUAUCCCGGUAGGAACAUUCAUUCCCGAUUCCGAGCUUGCACCAUCUCGCGCAACUGGCAAAGUCAUCCUGCGUCACCGCCGUCUCGUGUUUUUUACCUUUGACGAGCUGGGUAAUCCGAAAUGGGAAGCCCGCGAGUUGAACUACCUCGGCGAGCCAAUGAGCAAGGUGUGCCCAGGAGUCGUGUUUACUACCCGGAACUGCCGUGGAAAUCGCAACACUGAUCUGUUCUGCGAGUUCCGUGACAUGGAGUUGGUCGAAUUCGAGCGUGAGGCAUUCAAGUUUCUCGCCGCGAAGCACCAGCUGGACGAAGAAUGGAACUGGCCCACUUACGAUAUCAUGCGAGCUGAGCCCUACCGCCGCUCACUGCGUCAAGUCCAACAGGAACGCUUGGAACAAGGUAACUACGCUGUGCCGACCUUCAACCACAAUGGACUGGAUGAUGCCCGGCGCCGCGAGUCGUUUUUGAACCGCCUGGAAGGCAUUGUCCAGUGGGAGAUGGAUAACAAAUUCGCGAUCAACACUCGAUGGAACCACAAAAGUGUCGAGUACGCCCAGGAGCGCUUCCUGCUAGCCUCCCGAGCCGUGGACCUGUUCCAGAAACUUCUGCAUGACACGCAGAUUGCUUGUGCCUCGGAUCUGAGCGACACCUCCUAUGUCCCUCGAGUUGCUCAUCAGCAGCAAAAAGAGGCCCCUGCCCCUGGCUCUCUUGGCUCGCCAUUCGAUAUUCCAGAGGAGCCAGUCUGGUCUCCAGUCGGAGGUCAGCAAAUUGCAGCUGCUUCUACUCCUGGCUCUGCUAUCUCGCCAUACCCCGUUCCACGAGCCCCGUUCUCGACCCCAGUCAGAAUGAACGACCCGCAACACAUGUCGACUCCCACUCCCAACAGAAAUAUUCGACGUAUGUCUGGAAUGGAUUGCGCGCCUGACGAUCACCUGCCACCGAGUAGACAAACCGGCCAGCUACCCCCCGAACCAACCACGCCUACUCAUACCCAGUCCAUGAACUUCGACGCAGGAGCGCAGGCUGGUGAAGUUCCAUGGUACCCCCGCAUGGCGUCAACACUCAGAUACCUGUCGGUCAGCAGUACCCUCAAAUCACCCAAGGAAAUGAGGGGACCGCUCAACCAUGGGAGGCUGGCCAUCCUAGCCCCGGAUAUUCCGAGGCCUCGACGAUCAUCCUGCCGCAUGUGCUGGUGA